AUGUAUCGCCAAAUUUGGGUGAAGGAAUCCGAUCGUCUUCAACGCAUCCUGUGGAAAGAAUCUGCUGAUGAUAGAAUUCGCAUCUAUCAGCUGAAAACCGUUACGUACGGCACAGCCUGCGCACCUUACUUGGCCACCCGUUGUCUGCAAGCGUUGGCUAAGGAAGGAGAAACAAGAUAUCCCAGGGCAUCCAAGGUCCUCGAGCAAGAUUUUUACAUGGAUGACAUGAUCACCGGUGUGGAAUCUGUUGAAGAUGGCCGGAUUAUUUGCAGCGAAAUAAAUCAGCUUCUACAAUCGGCAGGAUUUCACCUGCGCAAAUGGGCUUCAAACUCGUCUGAGUUACUGGAGCAAAUACCAGCUGAACUACAAAUCGAGGGAGAUGUUUUGAACAUCGAUCGCAGCACAUCCAUCAAGGCUUUGGGUUUAAGAUGGAUGCCAUCAUCGGACCAGCUAGGGUUUAGUGUGCCUGGUUGGAAGGAAUCAGAAAUCAUCACCAAACGCAUUGCGUUAUCAGACGCAGCUAAGUUGUUCGAUCCUCUUGGACUGUUAGGACCAGUCAUUGUAGUAGCAAAGUGUUUCAUGCAAGAGCUCUGGAAGAACGAAAAUACCUGGGAUGAACCUUUGGAGUCUGAACGGCAACAAUUCUGGUUGCGCUUCAGAGAACAACUCGCUGAUCUGACUAGCUUGACAAUUCCACGACGAGCAAUUUGUGGAACAGUGCGAAUUGAAGCUCACGGAUUUAGUGAUGCUUCCCUACGGGCUUAUGGCGCCUGUAUCUACAUACGAGCAGAAUCGUCCGAUGGCCAAGUCUCAGUACGGUUGUUAUGUGCUAAGUCAAAGGUGGCACCGAUACCUAAUACCAAACGGAAGAAAAACGUGUCCCUUCCACGGCUCGAGUUGUCGGGAGCGUUGUUACUAUCACACUUAUGGCAGAAGGUGAAGCAAGGGGUGAAAUUGGAGCUUAAAAUCAACUUCUGGGUUGAUUCGACGAUAGUUCUUCAUUGGCUUUCAAGCAGUCCUUCCCGUUGGAAACAGUUCGUUGCGAACCGAGUUGCGGAAAUCCAGCACCAAACCUACAAGAUGCCUUGGAGUUAUGUGGCCAGCGAGCACAAUCCAGCUGACAUUAUUUCCAGGGGAAUGAUGCCUUUGCAGCUCAUGGAUUCCCAACUUUGGUGGCAAGGGCCCUCAUGGUUGCAUCUUCCAAGUCAAGCUUGGCCUACGAACAAACCCAAUACUGAAAUUUCCUCGGAAGAUUUGGAAGAGCGAUCGAUUGUAGCCACAUCUCAACAGGUACCGCCAAAUUUUCUAUUCGAUCUUUCUUCAUCUUACGAAAAAUUGGUGCGACUUACGGCAUAUCUGCUGCGAUUCAUGUACAAUUGUCAACCGACACACCGCGGAAAUCUACGAAAGGGGUUUCUAAAAAUAGAUGAAUUAGUGUCAGCGUCUCUAACGCUCGUUCGUCUGGCCCAACAAGAAACCUUUGCUGAGGAGCUUCGGGAUGUUCGUCAAACUGGAGCGGUCAAGCCGAACUCAAAACUGAAAACGCUAACACCUAUUCUGAAAGAGGGUAUCCUACGUGUGGGUGGUCGUUUGAGAAACGCGCCUGUUUCUUAUGAACGCAAACAUCCGAUAAUUUUAGCGUUUUCUCACCCAUUGACCCUACUGAUUGCGCGUUCUUAUCAUCGACAAUAUCUGCAUGCGGGACAACAAGAGCUCAUAUCUAGCCUGCGUGAGAGAUUCUGGCCCCUUCGCGUACGCAACCUGGCACGAAAGGUCGUAUAUGAGUUUGUAAGUUGUUUCCGAUCCAAACCAACAACGGCAGAGCAAAUCAUGGGAGAUUUGCCCAGCGAACGCGUAAACCCAGUUCUCCCAUUCUACAACACUGGUGUGGAUCUGUGUGGUCCAUUAUUCUAUAGACAAACCAACAAGAAGACUGCUCCAAUCAAAUGCUAUGUUGCUGUUUUCGUCUGUCUUGUGAUCAAGGCAGUACAUGUGGAGCUUAUUGCCGAUUUGUCUACUCCAGCCUUCAUUUCUACAUUGAAGCGUUUCAUAGCUCGUCGCGGUAAACCAUCCGUAAUCCAGUGCGACAACGCCAAAAAUUUCCGGGGAGCUGAUCGAGCGCUCAAGGAGAUGUAUGAGCUGUUCCAGAAACAACAACAUCAGGAUGCUGUUACAACUUACUGCGGAACGGAAGGGAUCACCUUCAACUUCAUCCCUCCGCGGUCACCCCAUUUCGGUGGGAUCUGGGAGGCCGCAGUGAAGUCGCUGAAACGGCAUCUCAAGGCUACGAUAGGAUCCAGUAUCUUGCGGCGAGACGACCUGGAAACUAUCUUAGUUCAAGUGGAGGCUUGUUUGAACUCGCGACCGUUAACUGCACUUUCCAACGAUCCAGAGGACCUGGAAAUUCUGACACCGGGUCAUUUUUGA